AGCUGUAUGUGGAAAAUCGUUCCCCCGUCCGUCGACAUGUUUCCCCUAACAAUACCUGAACUUGAACCACCUUAUCGCUAACCACACUGGGGUCGCUACGCAUUUAAACAAGAGGGAAGUACUAUUCGACGGUGGGAAAGACUUUGACACAACAGCGGCUCGCACACGCCGUACACACAGAGCUGGCAGCAGAGCAAAAUGAGGCGAAGAAGGUUUGCUGUUUCCUGAAAAGGUCACAAUUUUAGCCAUUACUGAAUUUGAUUCUUUUUGAUGGGCUGACAUGGCAGUGAAAAGGCCAGCCAAGUUGCGGGUUGUUUUGAAUCCUGAUGACACCAGGAAGCUAAUUCUGCCUGAUGGAAUUCCAGAGACAAUGGAGCAGCUUAUGGAUGAAGUGCGGAAAGUGUGUGUGUUUAAUGGUAAUUUCAGACUGCAGUACCAAGACAGAGACUUUGGAGAUGCGCUUGUGAACUUGACAUCUACUGUUGAACUUGAGGACUUGGCAACUGUCAAGGUCAUCCCAAUAAUUGAUGAUUGCAGCCAAGGACUUAAUCUUACUGUCUGUGAUGAUUUGUCAACUCAAUCAGAUGACACAGAGCUCCUUUCCACACCCUCCAGCUCUGUCUCUACAAGAACUUAGAUGUGGCCAAGAGAGUUUCCGAUACCAACGUUCUCCUAUGACACUGAACUGCAGUUAGAGAAGGGGAAUGUGGUGUAUAGGUCAAACAUGACAAGGUUGACACCUAGUUCAAAAACAAAAUCUGAUAUUCUGGAAAAGGUAGCUGAGGAGAUAUUCAAGUACAAGGCCUACCCAACAGAUUCUGACUUCAGUGAUGUUGCCGAAGCACUUAUCAAGAAGCAUCCAUGUCUCUCUGAACCUGGUUCAUACAACGGUUGUUAUGGGUGGAAGCAGCGGUUGAAGACCAAAAUGGGCAACUACCGAACUCAGUUGAAGGGCAUUGGGUGUUCUGAAUUACUUGCAAAUUCACUUAAGUCCAAAGCUCCAGAGGAUGCAUUGCCAGCAAAAAAAGUAAAGAGACCUAAGAGAGGAGAGGCCAACCACAUACCUGACAUUCCAACUGGAGAGACCCCAGACAAGUUGGAAAAGGAGAGACUGUUACUUCUAAGUGAGGUGAUGAAACGAAACAACCGUGCACUGAUAAAGGACAAAAUGGCCAAGACGUUUUCACUGCGGAGGCAUGAAAUUGUGGAGAAGGAAUUAGGAGUGGAGGAGUUAAAAGUCAGAUGGCCCGCAUUGUUCUCAAUGGAUGAGAUCAAUGCUGAAUUCAUGAGGAUUACAACUGUUCCUCUUCAACCGCGGUUCCUGGCUUCCUUGGACAAGCACCACAGCAAGCUGAUUGAUAUCAUCAGAAACAAGGGAGGAACUGUCAGAGAGAAGACCCGGAACAUACUGAGAGUUUUGGAUCAGAGUCUUGAGGUAAAUCUAAAGAGGGAGUGCCUGCUGAAGUCUCUUAUUGUGUACCUUGGGGAGGAUGUGGACAAACUUAUCAAGGAAUAUCUGGUUGUUCAGAAGGACCAAGGUGAAACAGAGCUCGAGAGGUGUACAAUGGCAGUGUUUGUUAUAAGGGAGGAGGAGGAUCCUCUCCAGCCACCAUAGGACGUUGGGGUUGUAAUAGAAGGUGUGGAAGUCCUUAACAAGCUGCCAUCAGUUACACAUGCAUGUGCCAUGUUAUUUGGCCUCAUCUACGCUCUAAACUUGAGCUAUCCAGGUGAGCUCAAAUACACUUUUGAUGCGCUGCAGAAAAUCUUCAUGGAGAUUGAACCAAAGACAAUGAGACGCAGAGUGUGCAGUCUGAGUGUCAGGCUCUAAAUAAUGGAUUAUUCGAAGAAACAUUUGGAUGCAGCAUGUUUUUGUUCUGUGUUCUAGCUUGUAUUCAAAAACCUAGCAGGAGAAUGAAAGGGGUCAUUGUUAAAUGUAAAUAAGAGACACAUACUUCAAUUGAACAGCCUUACUUUAAGAAUUUCUUUUUACAGAAUUCUAAUUUUUUUGUGGAAACCCAUGUCUGGUAACACUGUCAGAGUGUGGUUAGGGUGGAGUUGUGUCAAGUUUAAAAAAAAAAGUUGAACAAAUUGAGAGAUAAAAAAUUUGUUCUGUAAACGGUGAAUGAAAAAGUAGACUUGCAUGGAAAACAUCACUUUGUGUGGUGAGUGUUAAUUUCUAAAAUGUCUUCUGGUACAAAAGACAAAAUGAUUGCAAUCUGUUUUCAAGUGUCAGAAGCCUUGUUGGGUUUUAGAGAAUAGUAAAAGCUAAUGUGGACAGUGGUAAUAUGCAGCUAUUAUAAGAACAUGACUGCUGCUGUUCAUAGUUUGCACCCCCAGCAUGUGAACUGUAUUUUCUCUUUUUUUUGGUCUCUUGUUACAUUUGUAAUAGUUCAAAAUGAUGUGACAUUCAUACAUUAUAGUCCUUUUUAUAGAUGGAUUGCCACGUUUUAGCACGGUUAGAAAGUAUUUUUACUAGGGUUGGGCAUCAUUUGGAUUUUAACGAUUCAGAUUCAGAUUCUUCCUUUCGAUUCUGGUUCUUAUCGAUUCUCAAUUCCGAUUCUUUAA